AUGAUUCUCAGGAACAUUGUCACUCAGCUUCAUCAUCACCAGUCUAAUCAACCACCUCGUGUUCUUCCGCGAAAAUCUUCUUCAGAAAACAAUCGCAUCAAGUUCCCAAUCUCUCCACACACCCUCUCUUUAUCUUACUCUGAUGUUCAAUUGAAACAUUGGGGUUCCAGAUUAGUGGUUCAUAGGCGUGUAUCUGGAGAGUUUUCUGAUGGGAUUAUCGAUCAGGAUGAACAUGAACCUCCAAAUUAUGAACAAAUUUCACCCCAGAGACAUGAAGAAAUUCCAAAGGAAGCCUACUCUGUAUUGCCUCAAGUAGUUCUUGCUAGUACAAUAUUGGUUCUUUUCUUUCCACCAUCUUUCACAUGGUUCAAUAGCAGGUAUUAUGCCCCGGCUUUAUGUUUCUUGAUGUUUGUAGUCGGACUUAAUUCAAGUGAAAAAGAUUUUGUUGAAGCUUUCAAUAGACCACAAGCUUUUUUCGCACGUUAUCUUGCCCAAUUUGUUCAAAAGCCAUUCAUUGGUUAUCUUUUUGGAACAUUGUUCAUGACAAUAUGUGGCUUUCCAACUUCCUUAGGUGCUGGGAUUAUGCUAACCACUUGCGUUAGUGGGGCCCAACUCUCGAAAUAUGCCACUUUUCUAAUGGACCCCACAAUGGCUCCACUAAGCAUUGUUGUGACGUCAUUAUCUACUGCUAUCUCUGUUUCUGUGACCCCACUUUUAUCAGUUUUGCUGAUUGGAGAGAAAUCGCCUGUUGAUCUCAAACAAAUGGCUUCCAAUAUUUUGAAGAUUGUAAUUUCACCUCUUGCUGUUGGCUUGCUUCUUAAUCGGUUUUUGCCAAGAAUGUGUAGCAACAUUCGACCUUUUUUACCUCCUUUAUCGAUUCUAGUGACUUCAGUAUGUAUGGUGGCUCCUAUUGUUGCUAACAUAAACUCUGUUUCAUCGUCUUUUUUUAUAAAAGUUUUUGUGCUUGUUACUGGGCUUCAUAUCUCAGCAUUUGUACUCUCAAAUGCAUUUUUAAUCGCAUUGUUUUCCACAAUUCACUUGAUGUCAAACUAUUUCAGAGACAACUUUCUUACAAAACAGGUAUGAAGCAAGGGGUAUUAAACAAAGUGUAGGAGGAAAUUGAGUUAACUCUACACGUUUAAGGUUGGUAGAGAUGAAGGGAGGAAUAAAUCCUUAUACGACAUGUGACUUUCAAACUUGUGGAGCCCUUGUAAUUUAAUACUAAUAUAAAUUUUAAUUAAAAAAAAAUAUAUUGCAAAUUUGGUUCAUGUGGUUUGUUUUGUUGAUUUCUUUGGUUACAAGUGACUUUCAAAAUUGUGGAUAUGGUUCUUUUGAUCUAUUUUUAUUGUUGG